AUGAAUCGAACGCUCGAAGGCAAGCUCGCCAUAGUGACCGGCGCCUCACGAGGCAUCGGCGAAGCCAUAGCGAGGAAGCUCGCUUCCUAUGGCGCGAACAUCGCGCUCUGCUACACCUCGCCCUCCUCGGAAUCCAAAACCGAGGCCCUAGCAAAAGACCUCGAAGCAGCGCACAGCAUAAAAACCGUUGUGCUCCAAGCAGACCUAAGUACGACGGACGGCCCCCAAGCCCUCAUCACCGCCCUCCAAAUCGCCACCGACGGCACCCCGCAAAUCGACAUCCUCAUCAACAACGCCGGCGUCGCCCACAACGCCCUCCUCCCCUCUGUCAAUCCCGAGCAAUUCGACAUUAGCUACCGUACCAACGUUCUCGGGCCCCUCUUGUUAACUCAAGCCGCGGAGCCAUGGCUCCCGCACGACCGCUCCGGCCGCAUCGUCAACAUAUCCUCCGUGAGCUCCGCGACGGGCUUCAUUGAGCAAAGCGUAUACGGCGGCACCAAAGCCGCCCUAGAAGCCAUGACCCGGACGUGGGCCAGAGAACUAUCCGAACGCUGCACCGUCAACGCCGUCAACCCGGGCCCCGUCGCGGGGCCCAUGUACGCGGCCAACACGGACGCGUUCAAGCAGGAAAUCCGCGGCUGGAUCGAGCACACACCCCUAAUGCGGGCGCGCGAGGGCGUCGACGACGACGCCGUCGUCGAGGAGGCCCGCACGGCUGCGGGAGGUGGAAGACCGGCUUAUGUACAGGAAAUCGCGGGGAUUGUGGCUAUGCUUUGUGGUGAGGAUGCGGCCUGGUGUACGGGGCAGGUUGUUUGUGCUAAUGGGGGCAUGAUUAUGCAUUGA